UCCACGCACUCUGUAACAAUGCACAAUUAUUAAAAGUUUAUAACCAACGCCGGAUAGGAAUGGAGGUACUCAAAACCAGUCAAGAGAUUGUUCAUGAAGGGUGGCUCAUUAAAUCGCCACCUACCAAACUUUGGCGAGCGCGAUGGAGGAAAAGAUGGUUUGCUCUUAGACAUAGUGGAGAAUUACCUGGGCAAUAUUUUUUAGAAUAUUAUACAGACAGACAAUGUAGAAAACUAAAAGGCCGUAUUGAUCUUGAUCAAUGCGAACAGGUAGAUGCAGGCUUGAGAUUUGAAAAUCGAAAGCAAAAAUAUCAAUAUAUGUUCGAUGUUAAAACACCAAAAAGAACAUAUUAUUUAGUGGCAGAAAGUGAAGCUGAUAUGAACAAGUGGGUAGAUGCUGUAUGUCAAGUUUGUGGUUUAAAGGCAUACACUCAAGAUGAGGAACAGCAAUGUCAAAUGUUCCAGUUUGAAACGCAAGAGUCUCCACCAAUUUCACCCACAAGCACUAUUUCUGGUCCUUAUAUUCCUAUUAGCGAAUGUAUUUCUGGUCGACGAACAUUAAACGAUACUAGUUCUCUCAAUUCAGCUUUGGGACAAGGACCUGAACAUUAUGAUGCCCCAAGACGAUUAGUACCUUCUCCUCCUAGAUCUCCUACAACAACUGAUGCGGAAAGUGUUUUCACUGAUGAUGAAUGGACAGCUCCAGUGCCUAGUGUGAACUGGGAGACUUUUCCUUCUACAGGUGAAUCCAAACAAUCUGGAUCAAGUGAUGCCGAAAUUGGUUCUUGGAGUGUUCGAAAACGAUUCGGAAAAUUGAGAAUUGUAGAUUCUACUUUACCACUUUCUGUAGAAAAAUUACCAGCACCUCCUAGACCACCAAAACCUCCUCAUAUGUUACCUGAAAAUCCUGGUCACAACUAUUUAAAUUUAGAUGGUGCUACAGAGAGUUCAAAACCUACAACUCCAGCGACUCCUGCGCCAUCAACACCUGCAACUGCAAUUGUAACGGACGAAUCGUACGAUUUUCCAAGAUCUCAUCAACCAGGAGCACCCGAGCCAAACACAAUAGAUAAACAUUUUUAUUCUAAUGCUGCUCCAAGUAAUAUUGAAGAUACACGCGUAUUCCGUUACGAUUUUCAAGAAGAGGAACCAUCAAGUCCACGUUCUGAAAGUUCAACAACUGCUACAUAUUCAAAUUUACCAAGUCCACUUGUUCGGGAUAAUUCAACUUCCGUACCGACAACAAUGGCACCACCACCACCAAUCGUCUAUCGGGAAUUAAAGCCAGGAAGAAAAACUAGUGAUUCUACAUCAGUUAUUAGCAAUGAACCUUCUCCAGGUCCGAUAGCAUCAGUUUUGGAAAUGAGUUCUGCCGAACAUUCUCCUGCCGAACCACCAAGUAUCAAUAGAAAGCUUAAACCUCCAUUGAAUAAAUCUCCUGUAGAAGGACCUUUGCAAUUAGCUUCUCCACCUGGAAGAGGAAGAAUUAGAGCGGCUCCUAGUCCUACGCCUCCAAUUCACGUUCAUCCAAAUCGACAUUUAUCAACAUCGGAUGAAGAUAAUAAUGCUUUCGAUGAUAAAGAAGAGAUAUACUACUAUCAAGAGCAAAACACGUUUAUUCCUGCUUCAAAUCGAAGCCUUGUUGUUUUGCAAUAUCUAGAUCUCGAUUUAGAAGCAACGGAAAACUUUACUUCUUCAAGUUUACCGCCAACUCAAUCUCCUCCAAAUACAACAGUAUAUAAAACAGUGGAUUUCUUGAAAACCGAAGCUUUUAAUCGUACUCGUCAACGAGUUGAAGAAGAGAGGAAGCAAUGUACCGAUGAACUGGCAUAGUUUUUAGAAUUUUAUUUUUUAAAUGUUUUAGAAAAGAAAAAAAAGAGAAACAACAUUUUUUAAAUUGUAUAUAAUAUAUAUUGUUAUUAUUUAGUAGCACUUUUCGAUAUUAUAAAGCUGCGAUUCCUAUUCCCGCAGUAAUAGUGACUUUUCAAGUGCUUUUUAAAUUUUUAUGUUUGUUAUUGAAUCGAAGAUUGAUUGAAAUCGAUCAUUAUUGAUGAUAUAUAAUAGUUGGAAACCGAAAAGAGCAAUAUUCAAUGGACCAAAAAUGUUAAAGUUAAGAAAAAACAAUGAAAAGAUAAAAAAAGAAAGAGCAGUUUGUCGCGAGACUUAUAUUAGAAUUUGUUAAAGAAUUUUUUAAUUUGAAAAAAAAGUAUUAUUAUAUUAGGACUAAACUGUUUUUACAUAUGUCUGACGAAAGGCAUUUUUAGACUAUGCAACGAAUUAUGAAUAUACGAAAUUGCUAGAAAUUUUAGAUAUCCUAAUUUUAAGUAUUAAACAAAUAAUAUGUAAUAUAUUUUCAAAGUGCCUGUUGUUUUUUCUUGCUAGAGCGAUAAGUUUUUUGUUAUUGCAUGAAAUAUCAUAUUUAUGAUUACAGAUAUGAUGAAUAUAUAAAAGUUGUUUUGCAAUUAUUUUUUAAGCAAUAAUAUGCUGAAAAUUUAUAUUCUUUUUCAAUAUUUUUUAAAUGAAUUUAUUUUUAAGUCUAAUUUUUAUAAUUAUUAACAGUGUACUCAUUGUACCUGCUGGCACAAAAUAUUUAUAAUGCGUGAUAGUAGAAAUCCUGGCCAUAAAAUUACAAUGCAAAAAAGACACAUAUUUUUUAACAAUUAUUAAAGCACAGACUAUAUGUAACUAUAUGUAACAAUUACAUAUACAUAUAUGUAUUAAAAAUAAUACGUAAAGGUAUAUUUUAUUUAUAAAAAAAAAAAAUACAUAUAUGUUUUACUUUUCUAA